AAAUUCCCCAGGUCCCAGGGCGGAAGUGAGAUCCAGGCGGCCCCAGGCUGCAGAGCAUCCUGGGAAACCACCCUGUGGUGGCCCAGAGGUGGCCUCCCCGCGGACCAGGAGGCCUGCUGUGCUGCCUGGGCGCCCUGAGGUCUGGCCCCCAAAAGGGGUGACCCACAUUGUCCCCACAGCUGGGGACACUGAAAUCCCAAGUCCCAGGAAGCCCCUUGGUCCCUGCAAACCGGGCCACUGUGUGUGGCCACUGCUGAGAGGACACGCUGAGGGUUAGGGGUUUUUUAAACCCGUGCUUCAAUUGUAUACAAGUGUCAUAGUUCCAUGCAUACAGCAGGCAUCAAAAGUGGCCUUCCUGUGUCUCUCCCAGCCCCUAGCAGUCACUGUCCCGCUGGCCGGUGGCCUUAAUUUGAGCUUCCAUCCGGGAAAGAGAACACCCAGUGCCUGUCUCUCGGGGUCUGUCUUGUUUCGCCCAAUAGAACACCCUCCAGUUGCAUUUAUUCAGCACCUGUCCUUGUUCCUGGCUGAGUAGUAUUCUUCUUGUUGGUGGCUGGCUAAUAUUCCACCACUCCAGGGCAUAUACGCAAAGGAAAUGAAAUCGCGGUCCAGUGGCCUGCGGCCUCCCACGCACCGGCAGCAUCCCCCAAACCAAGGCACGGUGUCACCUUGAACUGUCGUCUCCUUCCCGAGUCUGGAGCCUCUGCCGAAGACCCAAGGCGGGGGUCGGCUUUCAGGGCUCCUUGGUGGGCUCCUGUGGACGGCUGGACGCUCUUAGGCACGUGUCCAUUACGACGUCACAGGCCCCGGGCAUCGCGGUGUCCCAGGCCACUGCAUCGCGGUGUCGCAUGCCCCGGGCAUCGCGGCGCUUGAAUCUGGCCAAUUCACACACCUGACCCUUCAGACGGAUGCUUCUGACCUUGAGAACGUCCUCUGGGGUCCCCCGACCCGGGGUGGCCUGCAGGAGCUGGAUACCUUGUCACCAGCACCCCCGGGGUUUGCCAGGACUGGGUACCUAGUAACCAGCACCUGGGUCAUUUGCAAGGACUGGGUACCUAGUAACCAGCACCUGGGUCGUUUGCAAGGACUGGGUACCUAGUAACCAGCACCUGGGUCGUUUGCAAGGACUGGGUACCUAGUAACCAGCACCUGGGUCCUUUGCAAGGACUGGGUACCUAGUAACCAGCACCCCUGGUCUGCAGGAGCCGGAUACGUUGUGGCCAGCACCGCCGGGUGGUCCGCAGCAGCUGGACACCUGGGAGCCGGCUGGACGCACCCUGUCACUGUGGACGUCUGUAGCUCGCUGCUUUGGGGACGCCUGGCACUUCGCAGCCCUGGACGCUCCUCUGAGCAUGUGGCUGCAGACCCCCAGGUCCCGGCCACUGUCCUCUCUGCCUGUCGGAGACGGGCCUUGGCAGAGGCGGCGUGAGGGACAGGGGCUGUUGGCCUCUCCCUGUGGCCUGUCCCCUGGCUAACGCCCGGGUCCCCGAGGUCGGCCCACACGUCGGGGUCUGAGUCCAAGGCUGACCGCUCUCCAGUCCGUGGACUUGCCCGACUUUUCCUGCACCUGCUUGUCCCCUGAUGGACAUGGGGUGGAUUGCAUAUUGGGGGGUUCCCUGGGCCCCGUUGGGUGUCCCGCCCAGGAGUGGGGACACCUGGCCACGUGGAAGCUUUAUCUGGCAGAGAGUCCUGCAGCGUCUGGGACACUUUCCAGCAAAUGUGACUCUUUAAAACCCUGUGGCCGGCCUCCCGCGCCCUGUACCCCGCAUCCUGCUUCUUGGUAAGGAGGACAGGAGGCUAGCCAUAGAGCCCCCCAGCCUGGGUGGUUAGAUCAGCAGAGGUCUAUCGCCCCUGCCCUGGAGGAUGGAGGUCCGAGGUCCAGGUGUGGGCAGAAGUGGCUCCUCCUGACCCUCUCCCCUGGGCUGGCUGCCGCCGUCUUCUCCCUGGGUCCUCCCGGGGCGUCCCUCUGUGUGUGUCUGUGACCUCAUCUCCUCCUCUACGAGGACCCCUGUCCUGCUGGGCCAGGGCCACCCUGGGACCUUGCAGCCCCUCCAUCCCCUCUGCAAAGACCCAUCUCCACACACACAGGCACGUCCCAAGGUCCUGGGGCCAGGGCCACCCUGGGGACCUCACUGCACCCCCAUCCCCUCUGCCAAGACCCCUCUCCACCCACACAGGCACAUUCCAAGGUCCUGGGGCCAGGGCUGAGCCGAGGGGCCUUGGAGACACCCAGCUCCCUGUGCACUCGGACUCCAUCCCACAGGCCUGUCCCUCCCCCCUGGGUCUGCAGGGGACACUUUUCUGGGCUGCAGACACCCGACACCCACACGGAGACCCUAGGGAGCCCCCUUCUCCGAGUUUAAAAGGAGCCCCCUAUAAAAUCGAUCCCAGGGGAGCCUCGCUGUAACCCACGGUCACCCAGGUUCCCCAGCGAACCUCCCGCGGCCACAUGCUGAGUACACGGAGGGAGGGGACACUCUUUUAUUUUAAACGUGUUCAAAAUGCAUUUUUUUUUUUUUUAAUAUGUGAAAGUCCCCUCGGGAGCGGCUCCACCCCGGGCCCUGAGAAAGAGGAACCCUCCCGGGUUUCGCAAGGUCCCUGCCCUUCAGCCAAACCCAGGGCCACAGGUGGCCGGCCGUCAGACCCGGGGACCCGUCAGGGGACAGGCGCUGACCUCCGAGCUCAUGCAAACCGGCUGCCUCCCCUGGGCCAGGCAGGAGGGUCAGGGGACAUUCAGAGAAGCCCCCGAGGCCAGUGCCCCCCGGGAUCCCACUGUCCUGCGGCCCUCGGUGACCUGUCAGGGUUGGGGGAACGGCCAGCCAGGUCCACAGUGGACGCACGUUCGCCUUCCCGCCAGCACACGAGGGUUCCCUUCCCCGGGUCCCUGUGUGUCCUCUGAUCUCAGCCACCUCCGUGGGCACGAAGUGGCCUCUCGGGGCCCCUGCAGCAAGUCCAUCACCUCCUGCCUUUCUGCCAGGGUCAGUGACCACUACACUACUCAGUGAGAGGCGAGAAACCAUGUCCACUACUGUGCAUGUAAGGAUCUCCAUGGGUAUGCAUGAUCCCCACGGGGGGAAACCUCAGACUUUGUUCCUCGGCCCUUCGACUGAUGGGACGAGGCCCACCCCCACCAGAUUUUCGACUUAAGUCAUCCCAGAAACACCCUCCCGGGAGGGUCCACUCGCCGUCCCUGCGCCUCGUGGACACUGACCCCGACUGGCCACGGGGCUCAGCACCCGCGAUGGAACCUCCCCGCAGGGUUAAACAGAGACCCCCCAGACAGACAUCUGGGUUUCCCCAACUCUGACGCCCCGCAUUCGGGUUGCAUAACCCUUCCCCCCCCCCGCCCCCCCCAAAGAGGUGAGCAUAUUUGGAAAAGGUGACAGGAACUCAUUUGCAAAGUCAAGAAAGGGAACCAGACACAAGCUGGGUGGCAGAUGGCCCUGUGGAAGCCGAGCCCGGUCCCCCGUCGGCUCCGCCAUUUCAGCAGCAGCGUCGCGGACGGCCCGCGAGGAUGAGCGCGCGUCCGCGGCGGCGGUGAUGGGGCCGGUGGACAUGAACGUGAGCGGCCCGGACAACGCGACGCUGCAGAUGCUGCAGAACCCGGCGAUCGCCGUGGCGCUGCCCGUGGUCUACUCGCUGGUGGUGCUGGUCAGCAUCCCGGGCAACCUCUUCUCGCUGUGGGUGCUGUGCCGCCACAUCGGGCCCAAGUCGCCGUCGGUCAUCUUCAUGAUCAACCUGAGCGUCACGGACCUGAUGCUGGCCAGCGUGCUGCCCUUCCAGAUCUACUACCACUGCAACGGCCACCACUGGGUGUUCGGCGAGGUCCUCUGCAACGUGGUCACCGUGGCCUUCUACGCCAACAUGUACUGCAGCAUCCUGACCAUGACCUGCAUCAGCGUCGAGCGCUUCCUGGGCGUCGUCCACCCGCUCAGCUCCGCGCGCUGGCGCCGCCGCCGCUACGCGCUGGCCGCCUGCGCGGGCACCUGGGCGCUGCUGCUGGCCGCGCUCUUCCCGCUGGCGCGCACGGACCUCACCUACGAGGUGGACGCGCUGCGCAUCGUCACGUGCUUCGACGUGCUCAAGUGGACCAUGUUGCCCAGCGUGGCCAUGUGGGCCCUGUUCCUCUUCACCAUCUUCGUGCUCCUCUUCCUCAUCCCCUUCGUGGUCACCGUGGCCUGCUACACGGCCACCAUCACCAAGCUGCUGCGCUCGGCCGACGGCGGCCACGACCAGGGCCAGCGGCGCCGCGCCGUGUGCCUGGCCGCCGUGGUGCUGCUGGCCUUCGUCACCUGCUUCGCGCCCAACAACUUCGUGCUGCUGGUCCACAUGGUCAGCCGGCUCUUCUUCGGCCGCAGCUACUACCACGUGUACAAGCUGACCCUCUGCCUCAGCUGCCUCAACAACUGCCUGGACCCCUUCGUCUACUACUUCGCCUCCCGCGAGUUCCAGCUGCGCCUGCGCCACUACCUGGGCUACGGCCGCCUGCCCAGCGACAGCCUGGACACGACGCGCAGGGACAGCCUCUUCUCCGCCAGGACACUCUCGGCGCGCUCCAUGUCCGCCGGCCCCGGGGACGCGCUCGAGGGCACCGGCCGGCCCGGCCUCAAGAGGCAGGAGAGCGUCUUCUGAGCCUGCGAGUGACCUUUGCGGGAGGUCCAGUGGGGACACGCACCCCCCACGGCCACCCGGGAGGUGUGCAGAGACCACCUGCUCCCUACGGGGGGGGGAGCCACCAGGGGUCCCCAGGCCGCUGUGCCAUGGAGCCCUGACCCGCUGCGUCUUCCUGCUCAGGGACCCUGUGGUCGAAGUCACCGGCGGCGAAACCCAGAGCGGUCAGGACCCAGCAGCGGAGACCACGGUGGCUUCACGGAGCAGCUUGCCCGGGGACUUGGAUCCUGCACAUUGUCACCGGGAGGUGCCUCCAGGGCUGGAGGCUUCUCAGCCACAGGCGGACACCUGGCUGGACCCCGCAUGCCAUUUGGGGACCAGGCACCAGUGAAUAGCGUCCUCCUCCAUUCAGGUCUGCGGGGACCUGGUGUGGGAACAGGGUCUCUGCAGAGGUGGUCAGUGCAGGGUCCUGAGAUGGGCUCCUCCUGGGUCAGGGGGUCCUCAUGCCAUGGCCGUGUCCUCCUAAGGGACAGAGGAGGGGACACAGACCCAGAGGAGGACCACGUGGAGACGGAGGCAGAGACUGCAGUGGGGGGCCACCCGCCCAGGGCCACCUGGAGCCCAGGAGCUGGACAGGCAGGAGGAGCCCCCUGGAGCCCUGGAGGGGGCUCAGCCGGGGACCCUGGUCCAGCCUCUGCCCCCCAGGGACACAUCAGCCCCUUGGACACUGAAGGUUCCCAAAGCCACAUCUCUGACAGGCCACCAUCUCCAUCCUGUGACAGACCCCGCACCUCCCGCUCCUCCCGAGGAUGAUCCCGUGGGUCCCAGAGCGUGGGCCCACGGCGGCUUUUCCUGGCUGUCCCCGAGCAGAACCUAGAAAGUGACACUGAGUCAGACACGUCGAGGGUGGAAACCCUGAGCCAGCAAAAUGGUCCCUGCGCGGGCUGUGGGCGUUUCGGAGGCAAAGAAAAAAAAAAUCUACGAAAAACCUCAAACCACCAGCUCAGAGCCGAGCCCAGGAGCCUCAGGUCCUGCGUCCUGCGGAGAUUUCGAGACCUGGUGACAUCAGCAAAUCUCUGCAGCUUGCGUCUGUCCCCUGGAGCACACCAGACCUGCAGCCCCCGUGGACAGAGGGACAGGGCAGAGCCAGCUUUUCUCCGGAUGCUCUGGGCUGCCUACCCCCCUUUGCCCUGCCUAGGAGCCACGUCCAGGACCCCGAUGUGACUUAGGCUCUGGAGUCUGUGGCUCCUGCCACCUGAGCCAUGCUCUGUGACGUGUGUGUCCCACGACCCGAGUUCGAGGGUCGACGUGGCUUUGCGUUGAGCAUUUUAAUCCUGUUGACGCGCUGUGUGUGUUUUCUGGAAUCUCGUCCCCUCGGUCCCCGGGCCUGAGGCUCGGACACCCCAAAGGAUAGAGGGGUGUCCACAGCUGCAGAGACUCGGUCCCCGUCCCUCUGUCACUUGUGGACAGUGGAAUUUUCAUUGCUCUCCCGUGCAUCCAAGAUGGACCAGGACCGCCUCUCGGGCAGGAAUGAGGACAGGGGACACCGAGGAGGGCCACCGGUUGAACGAGGGUCUUUAGCUUGUCCUUCAGGGCAGGACGUCAGGACCCCAGGGAAGUCCCCAUCGGUGAGCUUUGCCCGUGGGUCAGCGGGGUCACCCCCAGGGACAGGCACGGGGCCAUCUUUCAAAGGAAGCAGAGGUGCCCAAGAGACCCAAAGGGACAUCAUGUCCGCCGUCCCAGAUCCCAAGAGUGGUGACGCUAGGCUGGUGCAGAAGCCAACCCCAGCGCCCCCCGGGGAGUCCUGGGCUGGACUUUGGUUCUGAUCUAAAGUCCAUGGACCAGUGUGUCCCGGAGGCCGCCAAGACCCUCCGCCAUUUUGGAUUUUCUCUGGAGAAAUGGGAAGAUUUCUCUCCCGGGGACGAGGACAAAGAUCCAAGCCACCGGGCUCUCCUCCUCCUCCGCACCCCUGGGCUCGGGGGUCGGGCACUUGGAGUGGCCGGGAUGCCCCAGCCCCAGGUCAGCAGCAGGGGACGGCCAAGAGGGCACCUCCAGGAUCUGCUCUGGGAGGCUGUGGACACCGUGGUGAGGGCACUUCAUGAGGUGGGGCACGUGGCUUCAGGUCCCCCCGCCCUGACCCUCAGGCAGAUCUGACCUCCCAGAGUGCCCGCCCGUGGCCCCGCGGUCACUAAGAUUCCCACCCCGUGCCCCACAACAGGAAUCCUCCCGAAGCCUUAGCAAAAGCAGAUGCGCUGACCCUCAUCCCCAGUCUCCCCUCCCUGGCUGCUGGGACCCACCUGUCUGUCCCCCACCUAUUGUUCCCUUCAGGGGGCUGGAAAGGACAGAAUCCCCUUCCACUGGACGGCAGGACUGUCUUGUGCAUUUCAGCCACAACAGGGGGUCCGGAAUGUCCUCUGCACAAAUGACCUGUAGUUGAGAGGAUGGAAGGGUAGCUGUCCUGUGUGUCCUGAUGACAGAGUGCACAUGUGCGUGCCUGGAUGGAGGCACCGCUCGGGACCCCGUGAAUACGCACGGUGAGCCCACAGCACGACUCAGGGUCCCUCCAGGUGGGUUUUCAGGAAGGUGGACUUCAGGACUGGCUGGCUCAAGGAAACAGAGCCACAGGAAGGACGACUGGACGGGAACUCAGGUGGGUCUCCUCCCUCAAAGCCAGGAGGGUGCACUGCUCUGGUGGCCUCCCCCGAGAUACGUCCACCCUAAAGCCACAAUUAUGUUCCAGCUGUAUAUCUUUUUACAUGUUGAAUAUUAAACACCAUGGUUGUUUUUUU